CCAAUGUUAAGAGAGCACACGUCACUCACUUUUACCCAAAAAUAUUACUACCGACCACCCAAAUUUUUCUCGGCCGUCGAACUCUUCAGCAAAAGCUCUCUGUCAGCGCAAAUCGCCGUAAUCAAAUGGCAAGGAGGCGGCUGCGGUAUCCGUCGGCGUUGAUUUCUGUGGGGAACGGUGUAAGCUUUCACCCAGCUCAGCAUCAGUGAAAAUGGCUCUGGCUAACGGCUGGAAAACAGCACGCAGAAAUGGAAGCGGACGGUAGCUAGCCAGGCAGUUAGAAGAAGGCGUGACAGGCCUCAUCCAUCUGCAACUGUGCUCUGCAACUGGAUGCGUAGGAUUGGUGAUUUACAUUAAAAUGAGAAGCAGUCAAAUAUGCGAUAGAUUAUCUCCCUCAGCUGCCACGGGAACUCACCCCCCGCUACGAUCAUCGCAUCGAUUAGAGGAAACGGUAAGAAUAUACGAGCUAUAGGAACUUCUUGGCUGAACACGGAUGAGGAAUCUUGCUUAGAUGAAGGAAAAUGUCAACACAGUAACUGUCAAAGGAAACAAGACGAAGCCAUUUGAACUGCUUCUCGAUAAAAACUAUUCCAAGCAAUUUUGUAAUUAGGUGGAAGACACUUUUACCUUUUGAUCAUAAACUCACCUUCCUGGCGACCCCACUCGUUUUGGAAGUAGAGUGUGGGCAGUGGAUGAUCAACAGGGAGUAGCAGCACCAGAAGUAAACUGUCUGGAGAGACUAACUGUAGAUUUAAGACAUUUGAAUAGUUCUGGAAUAAGUAGUGUCAUAACUUCACCCCUAGGGUAAAGUUUGUCUUUCACCAGUGAGUGGUGGGAUCACUGUUGCCGCUCCUAGCGCUGGAGGUUUGGCCCCUGCACCCCCAUGUGCCAGUGAGUGGGAAAUGUUCCAAUUUGGAAAAUACAAUCUGGACAUUAUAGAGAUGUUAAGUGGGCACCAGGCCCACCAGUUUAAAGGCCUUGGUUUAGAUCGACAACUACAGCAUCAACAGCAAGUGCAACUUCAUCAGCAUCAACUCCAGCAGCAGCAGCAGCAGCAGGCUGAGUCUUCUGGAGCUCUUCUGUCUGGACUUGGCUUGGGCCCCCUGCAGGGGUCUAGAGGUAACGCCUUUUCUGAUUCUGCCUCCAUUUUUGCCAAGAUGAGUGCCCCUCCUCCCCCACCUUUACAACAACAGCCUUCCUCAUCUCAGAGCUCUCGUUCAAAGUCAAGCAAGAUGAGCAGCAGCAGCUCAAGCCAUUCUUCAGGCUACCCACAGUUCCUGCGCUCUUUCCACCCGUCUGAGGCAGCACUAGCACAGGAGCAGUUACACCCAGGUGUAGGUCGCUUUGAGCACUUUGCUGGGGGAAGUAGCAGUAGUGGGAGUGCUGGGGGAUUGGGAGGAUUAGUAACAUCAGCACCUCCACCCCCUCCUCCUCUGCAUCCCGGCCUCUCUGUCCCCCAAGCAUCAUCUGGUCCCUCCUCUUCCUCUCCUUCCCCUUCAACCUCUGUGGCCACCUCUAAUAACCCUCCUAGCAGCAGUGCAGUCAGCUCAUUGGGACACCAGUUGGUUGGGGCCCAGUCUGAUGCACGGAGUCUUCACCAACAGUUUAGUUGCAUGUUAGCUGCUAAUCAGUAUUUUCUUUCUGGGGUGCCUGCUAAUGCUAGUUUAGAGCAAUUUCUUGUUCAACAGGGAACCCAUAACCACUUAGGAAUUGGUUUAAGUCAGACAGGUGGGGAGCCUAGUACUAGUCUUGCUUCGCCUCCUGCUUUGCAUUCGUCUCACUCACAUAGCCACUCCACUCCCCAGCCACAGCAGGGUCCACAGCAGCCCCCCCAGCAGCAACAGCUUUCAGCUCACACCCUGUCUCAUCCUCACUCUCAUUCUCAUCCUCACCACCCGCUCCACCCAGGCUCCCAGCCCUCAUCACUGGGUGGCUUUGACUUCCAGGGCAUCCCUGUACUCUCAUCUAAUCAGAUAGCUUCUCUGAUGCAGCAGGAAGCCGGUCUGCCCCUCCCCUUGCCACUUCAUUUAUCUUUAUCUAAGGAUGAUGGUAAAGGGGAAAGCAGUGGAGGUGGCAGUAGUAGUGGCGGUAGCAGUAGCAGUAGGAGGAAGAAAGCUAUGGCCGGUUAUUUGCCACAGAGAAAAUCUGAUAACGCUAGUAAUAACAGUGGCAGCCAUGGCCACAGCAGCCAUAGUGGUAAUCCCAGCACUACUAGUAAUGGUGGAGGGCUUAGUCAUGGUCAGCCACCAGCUUUAAUUGGGAGUGGGGUUGGUAUGUCAAAUAUGGGUGGAGACCCAUCAUCCCUUCUUGCCUCAUCAUCUUCAUCCUCAUCUGUAGUUUCUUCCUCUUCCUCCUCUGCUCCCUCUUCCACUGCUGCCUCAGUACUGGUUACUAAUGAUUCUCACCUUUCUAAAUCUGAUAACCAGAGCUCAAUGCAACCCAACCCCACAGAGUCUGAUACAGAGCCCGUUUAUAGCUGUGGAGAUUGUGGCAAAAGCUUCCCUCACCUUUCAAGCCUUCGCAGGCAUAUGCGCAUGCAUGAGCCAACCACAGCAGGUACUAGCAAUACUAGCACUACUGGCCCAAACCCUGUUCAUAUUAAAACACAGUCUGACCCAAGCCUUCCCCAUUCGACCCAAGAAACUCCCCAACCCUCAUCCAAUUCUUGUCCUAGCCCAGACAAAAUAUUUCAUUGCCCUGAUUGUGGCAAAGGCUUUAAGAAAAAAGGGCACCUCCUGCAACAUGGUGUUAUACACUCUUCAGCCCGCCCAUAUGGCUGCUCCACCUGCUCUCGGGCUUUUAAUCGUAGAGAGUCACUGACACGCCAUGAGAAGAUACAUGAGGAAAAGCCAUUCCGAUGUCCCGCCUGUGGUCGUGCCUUCCGUGAGAGCACCUCUCUACUCAACCAUGCUGCCUCAGGCACCUGCGGCAAGCCAGGCUACCACGAUGAUCACCGUUCUCAAGGUAAUCCAUCUCCAUGCUACUCUGGUGCCUCCCCCUGUGGAAGUGGGAUGGCGGGCCCAGCUCUGAGAAAGGCACCCCUGGCCCCAACACUGCAUCCACACUCACAGAGCCACAGCCAGCACCACCAUCCGCAGCAACAGCCCCACCUGCCCCUUUCUUCUCUACUGGAUGACUCAGAGGAUGAUGUCACUAGCUCUGUCAAUAAUGCAAUCUCUGCAAUAACAGCAGCUAGUAACAGUGGAAAUAGAGGGGAUGAUAGGGGAGACAUCAUAGGAGGUCUGCUAGGUGGUCUUGGUUUAGGUCCUCUGGGCUCACCCUCAACAACAUCUGGUAUGGAUAAGAAUUUCAGAGGUGUUGGGAGCCAGGAGGCUAUGAGCAGCAACUCACAGAAUCCUACUGCCAAACCAAAACGUCCACGCAAACCCAGAGCUAAGAAAGAUCCUGCACCUGGUGGACAGCCCCCCAAACGUAGGCAAUACACCCCCAGAAUGGGUCCCAGUGGGCUCCCACGCACUCACCUCUGCAGUGUUUGUGGUAAGGGAUUUGCACGUCGUGAGACCCUACGCAGGCACGACCGCAUCCAUACUGGAGAAAAGCCCCAUCACUGCACUGUCUGUGGAAAAUAUUUCAGAGAGGCUUUUCACCUCAGCAAGCAUCAAACAGUCCACUCUGGGGCAAAGAAUUACAAAUGCAGCAUUUGUGGGAAAGACUUUGGUUACUCCCAGAGCCUCAGGAGGCACAGUAAGCUCCACCAGAAAGGGGAGCUGGAAGAGGUGCCCACAACACCAGCUGCGGAGAACCUUAACAGCUUUAACCCAAACCCUCAAUGUAGCGUGGCCCAAGAUAGGAGCCAGAACCAAGCACCAAGCACCUCCUCCUAUUACUACUCUCAAGACGUCAAGCCUCAAGACACCAACCCCCAGCCACAGCCUCCACCCCCACCCCAACCACAGCCCCCAGCUCCACCUCGACUCUACACUUGUGCUAUAUGUUGGAAGUCGUUCCGCCAUCACUUCCAUCUGACUGCCCAUCACCAGACGGUUCAUGAAGGUGGUGGUGAAAAGCUCUUCUGCUGUGAGGUAUGUGGAAAAGCAUUUGCUUACUCAAAUAGCCUCACUCGACAUAGGCAGUCACAGCAUGGGAUGACCCGUACUGAACCAUCUAACCCACAGGAAGGCAGCAGUGGUUCUGGAGACAACAGAGGUGGGAGUGAUGUUAAUCAGUCAACAUCAGAGAGUGAGGCUGCAACCAAUGCGCUGCUACAGAUGGCUCCUUCCACAGAAGGCCAUGGAGGGCAGAGUCUUACUGUUGUCACUCAUAGCCAUCAACAGGCACCCCCGCAACCACCAGCUGGUUACUCUCCCCUCUUUUAUGAUGCAGCCCAUUCUUCAGCCUCUAAUGCUCCAUCUUACUCGCAGCCUCUGCCUCCAAACUCUACAAUCAUGGCUCCCCAGCAUCCGCAUUCCCCAGCUGGGGUGAAAGGAGAGCACAUAUAUCCGGCUGGAUCCCGUAGCCGCACGCUUCACACCACAGCCCCGUUCCAGCCCCUCACGGAACUGCCCUCCACUGAACAUCAUCAUCUGCAUCAUCAUCAUCAUCAUCACUCCCACCAUCAUCCUCAUCAUCAGUCAGGUACCCAGUCCCACCAGCACCUUGACUGCAACAUCCAGUUAUCACACGAUGACAUGAGGCGACACAAGAAGAAAAAAAAAAAGUCCAACAGGAGAGAUUGGAGGGAAAAUAAAUGGGAAUCCCAAGAUUUGGUCAGAUUCGAUGGAAGCAAAAGGAAGAAAAAGAUAAGUUGUACAAUAAGAGGGCAGCUGAAUAAAAAACAAGGCUCUCUUCGUUUGACAAUUAGGAGAGGAGGAGGAUCAGGUGGUGGUGGGUAUAAGCUUGUCAACACUGGGGGAGUGAAGGUGCAGAUCCUGUCAUCUCUCAAAGUACCUGUGAAACGUUUUGGCUGUCCUAUAUGCCCCAAUUCUGUGUUUUCCCGUAAGGCGGGACUGCUAGUCCACAUGGCAGUAAAACACCCACAAAAAGCCUCGACCACUCAGGAUCGACUAAGGUGCAGCGUAUGUGGGAAGCAGUCUCACAAGCCUCUGGCAGCCUUCAUCCAUCGGGCCUCCCAUCUUGCCCGGGGGACUUUCUCCUGCCGACGCUGCUCCACACGCUUCUGGAAUGCAACACUUCUCCACAGGCACAAGGUGUCCUGCCGCCGCAGGGCUAAAGGACUGCAGCGAGGAGAUGCAAACAGGCUGAAGCUUUCAAAGAGACCAGGAGAGAGACAGACCCAGGAGGGUCAGGGGGAGAUGCCAUACCUACAGGGACCAUACAGAUAUUGAGCAUCCUGGUAUCUGAAAAGAGUGGCAUACAAGAGGGAUAUUUCAGUUCUAAAAUGGGAAGGUGAGAAAAAAAAGGGACUUGAAAAGGCAUAUGUUGCCUUUAGGAGAAAUUGCCUCAUGUCUCUGUUGACAUCUACUCUGCUGACUAUUAGAAUGAGUGUGUUAACAACUACUGUAGAGCAUCCUAUAAAAUAUCACCAGAAAUUCUUCCAGAUUAUAUUGGAAGGUGUUUUCAAAGACGUGACUGUUUCCAUAUGUUCUUUAACCCCUUAAGUGCAUUGACACUAUGCUUGGCUGACACUGUGCAGUUAAUAGAGAAGUUUAGGUGAAAUGACCUGCUAAUGUAUCUCUCUUCCCCAUAACUAGAAUCCCUGCUACACCUCUUGCUGUAUGAUAAACGUCUCUGCCGUGUACUUUGUCUUGUUGUUGUUCACUUAGAGGCUCUGAGGAUUUUUUUAAGAUGUAAAGUGCAUUUAUUAGGAGUAGGGACAUGGGGACAAAGACCUUUGUUGAUAGUCUGUCAGUGCAUGUUUGUUCUCUGGUCAAGUUUUUUGCUGAGGUUGUGAAAUCACUCCUACAGUAUGUGAUGGUUUAUUCAGUAUAUCCCCAGAAGUUUGUAGUGUUAAACUUGAUUUGAAAGUUGCUCUAUAUUCCCUAGUGAUUUAAUCACGUAUAGAUAAAAUGUCAAGGUUGCUGGUAAUUAGCAGUACAAGGAUCCCUCUCCUGCCAAAAUGAAGAAACUUACAAAAAGCCUUGCUUAGUAUGUUCACUUUACUUCAUUUAUUUGAGAUAUUCCUAGCUUUUAUACCAAGAGAUUGAAAACAGGUUAAACAAGUUGACUGUAACACGGUUAUAUCAUGUUAUUUGUAUGCUCUUUUUAGCAGUGAUUAUUUCUACAGUACUUCACAGUGUGUUAAAGACAAGGACCUAUCAUAAUAGAAGCAAAUGUAAUAUUCCAUGUAUUUAUGUGUGUAACCCAAUCGGUCUUCAUGCCAAUCUUAUACUUAACCCCUUCUAUCUUUUACUUUUUGCUGAGUUGCAAUCAUAUUCUUACUGUCAAGCCUUGUUCUUUUCUUCUAAAGAAAAAAUAAGUUUUAAGUACAUCUUGUCACUUUAUUCACAUAUGAAAUGUCCAUACCCCUGUCAAGCCUUGUUUUUUUUUUCUUCUGAAGAAAAAUGAUAGUUUUAGUAGAUUUCUAUCACAUUAUUUACUGAGAAGUCAGUAGUUGAUUAUAUUUCAGCAAUGAAUAAACCUUAAGUGUAAUCAUUUGUUUUCCUUUCAUUUUUCAUUCAAAGUUACCUACGGCAAUAUCCAGAAGAUGGUACAAACUGCUAGUAAUUUAAUAUGAGUAGGUUCUAACUGUAACCAAUGUCAGUACUGAAGUUAUACCAUUAUUUUUAGCAUUAUGUACCACGUGAAUUACAUAUAUGUGGAUUAAAUGGAUUUCCGGAUGUAGUUGAUAUACCAAUACCAAGUUCUUAGGCUUACCAAUGUUAUUGGCCAGAUUACUCCUGGGUAUAGAAUUGUUUUCAGUAGGUAAAAUUUACAGUAUAUUAUCACCAUACUUGAAAUAAAUGGCUGUGCAAAACUUCUCACUGCUAG